UUCAUAAAGGAUUUUGCUAUGAAAGCCCACCCUCUGGAACAUCUCAAAUGCAAAGGUGCAAUAUUUGCAUGGGGCCCUGAGCACCAAGCUGCCUUUGACCAGUUAAAAGUGGAUGCAUGUCAGGAUGGCCUCCUCUGUCCCAUCAACCAUGACAGCAACCGCCGGAUUAUCCUCAUGGUGGACUCUGAUAUUUGA